UCCACGGCCCUGUUACCCGCCACACGUCCCCAGAAAGAUACCCCAGCACGCGCCACACGCCCCGCCCGCGCCGCCGCACCCGCACGCCCCUUCCUUCCUCCCCAACUUGAAGAAGAAGCUUCUAGAACCUUCCGGAAGGGCUCGGCGGCGGCGGGAUGUGGGGGCGGCACUACUGGGGCGGCGGGAGGCGGCCGAGCGGGGCCGCCGGAGCAGGAGGAGACGGCACGGCCGGCGGCGUGGUGGUGAUGUUCGCGUGGCUGUCGAGCCAGGAGCGUCACGUGAGGCCGUACGUGGAGCUGUACGCCGCGCUCGGGUGGGCGUGCCUCGUCUGCCACUCCGACUUCCUCACCCUGUUUUUCCCCGAGAAGGCUGCCAUGCUUGCCGACCGGGUUCUCAGGGAGCUGGUUAAGGAGCUGAAGGUUAGGCCAGUACCUGUUGUGUUUGCAUCGUUUUCGGGAGGGCCAAAAGGUUGCACAUACAAGGUUCUUCAGCUGAUCGAGAGAAGAUGUGAAGGGAAACUAAGUCUGGAUGAGUACCAGCUUGUACAAGAUUGUCUAUGUGGGCAAAUGUAUGACUCGAGUCCCGUCGAUUUUGUCAGUGAUUUAGGCACUCGCUUUCUCCUUCAUCCAAGUGUCCUGAAGAUGUCUGAACCUCCUCGUGUCUUGUCAUGGAUGGCCAAGGGCAUUGCCUCAGGUCUAGACACUCUUUUCAUCAGCAAAUUUGAAGAACAACGUAAUGAAUAUUGGGACACACUAUAUUCAUCAGUGCAUGUUGGUCCAAUACUAAUACUCUGUUCAGAGGAUGAUCAAUUUGCAACAUGUUCGGUUGUUCAAAAUUUUGGCCAGCGUCUGCUUGAGCUUGGUGGUGAUGUGAACCUAGUUAAAUGGCACAGUUCUCCUCAUGUAGGUCAUUACAAGCAUCACCCUGAGGAAUACCGAGCUGUGGUGACUGAGCUACUCAUAAAAGCAUCAACACUUUAUGUGAGCAGAAGACAACUUAAUGGUUAUGAGGUGGGCACAAAUGAGCACAGCGACAUGCCUCUGUCCACCUCCAAUCUCCAUAGGACUGCUGCAAGAUCUAAUGGUAGGCUAAGAAGGGCACCGAUCGAUCCAACCGACCAAUUCUUCCUACCGAGCUCCAUGGAGUACCACGAAAGCAAUGAAGGACCAAAACCAGAGCUGUUCAACAUGCCAAGCGUGGAAAGCAUGAACCCCCAUGGGGUGCUGGGGCAGAUGUUGUAUGAUGUAUGUGUCCCGAAGAACAUAGAAGGCUGGGACCUCAAGCCUUCUGCGUCAUUGAAUGGGAGGCACAUGAAUACCAUUGCACAUGGAAACUUCAAUCCAGUUAAAUGCAUACGCCGCUCCAGAUUGUGAAAAUUUUGAUUGAACAUGUGGAUGAAUAUAGGUGAUUUGUGUCUACGGUGAGAGAACCUUAUUUGGUGGAUGCUGGUGGAAUUAAGAUAGCCAUUAUCCAUUGAAUAAAAUGAGUGACUUGUUUUUGUACAUUAACAACAUUGUGUAUUUUUUUAGAUGAACAUUGUGUUCUGUUACUAAAGAUUUUUUUUUUUUGG